UCACUUUGGUCUAGUAGUGGCUUGGCAGACCAGCUUUAACCGAGGGUCAUAGCCAGCCCAGCCAAUGCUGCGAAUUCGUCCGCUUCGGCCUCCGAGACAUGCAUUUGUACCCACAACCUGGUUUGUCCGUCCGGUCUCCGGAUGGAAACAUAUAUUGCUCCUACAGAGAUCGACUUCCUUCCUUCUCCAACAAUCUUGUGAGCGAAAAUGGCACCGAAAAACAUCGUCAUUCUUGGGGGCUCAUAUGGCGGCCUUUCCACGGCACACUAUCUUUUAAAACAUGCCCUGCCAGUGCUCCCUGCUCAAGACCCUUACCAGGUGAUUGUUGUCAGCACCUCAUCCCAGGCCAUGUGUCGCCAGGCCUGUCCGCGUGCCAUGAUAUCCGACGACAUGUUUCCGCAAGACAAGCUCUUCGUCAACAUACCCGAACUAUUUACCCAGUAUCCGAAAGACCAGUUUCGCUUCGUCCAUGGUGCUGCUACACGACUCGAUCAUGUCACCCGGAGGAUCACCAUCACUCUCAAUGCCAGAAGCAACCCAACGGCAGAGACCGAAGUGAUCGAAUACCACGCCAUAGUGAUCGCCACUGGCGCUUCAACGCCAUCUCCCCUCCUUGGUCUGAACCAAGAUGAAGUCUUUCUCCACGAGCAAUGGACCGAAUUUCGCAAAGCGCUUCCCACCGCCAAACGCAUUGUUAUAGCAGGAGGAGGUCCUGCCGGCAUCGAAACGGCCGGCGAACUCGGAGAAUACCUGAACGGUCGCUCGGGGUGGUUCAGCUCCAAGCGAGCACAUCCUAAUGUAUCCAUCACCGUCGUGAGCAGUGCAUCGCAGAUUCUUCCUGCCCUGCGACCCGCGGUAGCAAAGAAAGCUGAGAAGUUCCUCGCUGAUGUCGGUGUGACUGUGUUGAAGAACACCCGCGUGAAAGGCGUUUCUCCUUCGGAUGCAGGCACACGCAAUAUCACAGCUAAAGCAACAGUGAUCCUCGACAAUGGACGGGUUCUUGAUGCUGACAUCUACAUCCCUGCCAUCGGCACAACACCCAAUACGGGGUUCCUCGACCCGAGCCUCCUCUCUGACGACAGACGGGUCAAAACCAACAACACGUUCCGCGUCGAGGACGCUGGUCUACGCAUCUAUGCCAUCGGGGACGUGGCCUCGAAUGUGCAACACCCUGCAGUGCAUGUCAUCUUGAAUUCCAUUCCGGUUCUGUGUGCCAACUUGAAGCGGGAUCUGCGGCUCGCGGCUGGGGUAGACCCGGCUUCGGUGGGAGAGGACCGGGUGUUUGAGGAGGAUACUCGCACGAAUCAGAUGGUGCCGAUCGGACAGAGCAAGGGAGUUGGAGAGGCGAUGGGCUUUCAGUUACCGAGUGUUUUGGUUUGGUUGGUCAAAGGGAGGGAUUAUUGGUUGUGGACGACGGGGAUGUUGUGGAGUGGGAGGCAGUGGGUUAAGGAGAAGUGAGGUUGUAUCUUUCAACUAAUUUAUGGCGAUGGGUUCUUUGUUGGGUUUUAUAGAUACUUUUCUUCUCUAUCCUUCUAAGUUGUGUUCUGG